AUGGAGGGUCAGAAGACAAGAUUCUCAUCUUGGCUGCUAAUUGUGGGCAUGAUUGUUCUAAAGGAUACUGAGGCAGCUUACCACAGUCUUGAGAUGUGUUUCACAGCAGUAGGUACAACAAAGUCUCUCUUGGACUUCACCAUGGUUGGUUCUAUGAAUGGUGUGCAGGGGAGCUUCUAUGACAAAAAGAAUCAGCAGCUUGUGAUCAAGGAAGCCUGGGUGUUCCAGGCCCUGGGGGCCCACUACAUUGAAGAGAAGCGUCAGAAGUUGGUGUACAAUGAGAUAGACUUUCUUUGGGCCCUCCAGAAUUGGAUUCAGAAUGAUACCAAGGGUGAAAGUAACCACACAGUACAGUUCUGGCAUGACUGUCACCUGGAUGGAGACAUCCUUGUGAGCAGCCAUUUCUGGUAUGCUGUGGAUGGGGAGACUUUCUGUGGCAUAGAUGAGCAGCUCAAGCACUGGGUGGCAAGGAAGCCUGAGGCUGAGUGCUUCAAACCCUUCUGGGAAGUUAUUUUUCCCUAUAAAAAAGUAAAACGUUAUAUAGAGGAAGAUUGUAUUGAGCCACUGAGAAAAGUAUUGAAAUACUCAAGCAAAAGGAAAAAUGUUCCCCCUGAGGUGACAGUAUCCCGACAUGAUGCUCCUGAUGGCAGAGUCACCCUCUCCUGCAGAGCCACUGGCUUCUAUCCCCACUCCAUCUUGCUUCACUGGGAAAAGGGUGGAGCACUGGGUGUGUGGGGACAGGAGAGCUCCAGUGGUACGCUGCCCAAUGCUGAUGCCACCUUCUACCUUCAAGUAACACUGGAGCUUCCACCUGGUGACCCUGGGACAGGUUAUACUUGUGUGGUAGAGCACAGUGAGCUAGAGACUCCAGCCAUGUUCCCAGUUCCUGGGAAGCCAUCUGUGGAGAGACCUUGGGCCAUGGCCCUAAGCAUACCGGCAAUUGUCAUCCUGGUGUUGAGCUGUACCCUGUCCUUCAAGACAUGGAAGAAAAAGAAGGCAGGAACAACUUCACAAGAACACCUGGAAGGACCUUUACCUCUUUCUCCUCUUCUUCUGCAUUAG